AUGGCCAGCCCUUACUUCCUGUCCUGCCUCCUCCUCCUGCCGCUGGGCACCUGCCUUCCUCUGCCGGACGGAGAAGAGCCCGGGGACGCCAGGGGUGGCAUCAGAAGCAAACCAAGCUGCGCCGACCCGGCGGGGGGACGCCGCGCCUGCCUCCCGUGGGGCUCCUCUCCGUGGCGGAGAGCCGCACACCCGCUGUCCCUGCUCGUCGCAGCCCAGGAGCCGCCGCCACCGCCGCCGCCGCCGGUGGGCAGAGCGUGUGCCGGCCCGAGGCUUCGGUUCGGGAGGCAGGAAGACGGCAGCGGGGCCGCCGGCUUCCUCCCCGCUGAUGGCAAGACGGCGCGUGGUCAGUUGGGGGCCCUGGCCAGAGAGCUCAGCGGCUACAGCAGGAAAAAAGGCGGCUUCAGCUUCCGCUUCGGCCGGCGGUGA